AUGCUGGCCACGACCCUUCGCCGUUCGAAGCGCGCGCUCACGCACUUGCAGUCGCCGCGUCGCCACGGCGGCUCGCUCUCUAAGAACAAGCACAUUGAAAACUGGAACAAUUGGCGCGGAGACUCUGAGAAACGGUUCCAGUUCAACCGCCAGUUCUUUACGUCUCUCGUGGGCUGGGGCGUCGUCCCCUUCACGCUUUACUACGUCUUGAGCACUGACGAACGUCGUAAGCGGAACUCUCGCAGUGGCGCCCAGGAGAUCCUUCGUCAAUAA